AGGAUGGGUCAGAAUCAGCAGGUCCAGGCACCAGAUGAGGAGCUGGAGCUGAACAGCAUUCAGGACCUGUACAAGUCGUUCAUCAUGGAGUGCCCCAGCGGCUCGUUGUACCUGCAUGAGUUCAAGAGGAUGUUUGGAGUUCAGGCGGGAACACCAGAGUCUGAGUACAUGGACAACAUCUUCCGAGCUUUUGACAUGAAUCAUGACAACACGAUGGAUUUCAUAGAGUACGUGGCUGCAUUGAAUCUUGUUCUUCGUGGAAAACUUGAGGACAAACUGCGGUGGUCUUUCAAAGUCUUUGACAGCGACGACAAUGGCCGCCUUGACAGACGGGAGCUGCGGAAAAUUGUCAGGAUCAUCUACAAGAUAAAGAAAGGCUCUGUGAGCAACGAAACAGGCACAGAGAACCUCACUGUUGACCAGGUGUGUGACCGCAUCUUCAAUGAGGUGGACGUGAACAGUGACGGUCAGAUUACGCUGGAGGAGUUUGUUGAGGGGGCUCAGAGAUCUACAUGGGUGCAGAACUUUCUCCGUCUCGACGUCAAUCCCAGUCCAUGGGUCCACAAGUAUUUGUGUGACAGGAAACUCCUCAGUCCCAAAGAUUCCUGA